GCUAGAGUAUAUUUGUUCCUUGCUGGCUGGAAAAUCAAAAGUUUGGUGGUGGAUGGAAAGGAAAUGGAAAAAGAAAAAGGUAGGCGAUACCAGUGCUGAGGAACAAUGCUCGAGCACCGGUAUGAUACUGGUAUGAACUUUGCUAUGAUACCGUACCGUAUUGGGUUGGGAUCCCUUCGGCGGCCAAUCGUCAUUCCACACAGCCGCUCAGUGACCUUCUACCCAUGCUUUUCCCCUUCUGUUUGUUUUCCGAAAAGCCCUGGAAUUGGGGAAUGAAAUAUUCUCGCGAAGCUUGUUCUUUUACCGCCCGGAAUCAUGCUUCCAUCGCCACAGCCUCACUGGAAAGACAAAGUAAAAAGGGGGAAAAAAAAGGGAAGAGACACCAGGAGCAUCUUAGCCCCCCCCCUUUCCCUCUCACUUUUCGCACUCUCCGCUACGAUAGCGUCAAAGGUUAGUCUGAUUCCGAGAGAAAUUUCUGCUCGUUUCAAAGUCCCCAAGAUAACGAUGAUCCAGGGGUUCUUCCCUUGGGGAGCAGGAGAAGAACAGAAAUCAAGAUAAGGGUCCACUCCUGGGAGUUCCUCCCUCGGCAAACAGGGUUGAGGACUACCAGAGAUUGGAGGGUGGGGGGACUCACGAUAGCUCUCUGGGUUGAAUGGGAAUCCCCUAUCCAAUCAAUCUAUGCACUAGUCCAUAGGGGCCUGGCCAUGACGUAGGAACUGGUUGCGCCGCCCGCGAUUCACAUCGUAAAGACGAUUGCGACGUUCCCUGCCUUGGAGCCUUUACCUUCCCCCUGCCCUAUCCAUGUUGGUCCCCUCGCAAUCUCUUGAUACUCCUGAUAGGCUCGGGGGCGAAUCAAACAGUCACGAAACGAACCGGGUCCAAAAGCUAUCUAUCUAUCUGUCGUCUGUUGCGCGGCGCGAGUGCCGUACUCUCUCUCCGUACUGUGUAUCUAUCUCUCCUGUGGGAGGGAGGGGAGAAAAUGUUAGUCAGUGAGAAGGAUUAACCGCCCGCUCAUGGAUUCAACGCUGUGUGGGUUAUGUUUGCGGAUAGGAUUGCCCAGAUCCUCACUGCGUUUUUCUUCUCUCCCCUCUUGCGGGAGUCAGGGAGGGAAAAUGGACAAGUUUAAUAAAUAUUAAGGUUAACUUGACGAUUUGUGUAUGUUAAACCUCCCCUACAAACGGUGAGACAUACUUGUAAGGCACCGAUAGCGCUGCUCGGAAUUUGCAUGGUGUGAGGAAUACGGUACGAUGCCGGUUGCCCACCACCUGGGUCAGGAGCCAACCGCAAACCAAA